AUGAAUAUUCAUUAUUUAAUUAAAUUUAUUAUCUAUCUAUGUAUCUAUCUAUGUAUCUGUCUAUCUAUCUAUAAUUCACAUCUAUCUAUCUAUCUAUCUAUCUAUCUAUCUAUCUAUCUAUCUAUCCGCAUUACUGUGACUACAUAUCUUUCUAUAUUUAAUUCCGUCCAGGUCUCUCUGUCUAUCUAUCUAUCUAUCUAUCUGCAUUACUGUCUCUCUGUCUAUCUAUCUAUCUAUCUAUCUAUCUAUCUAUCUAUCUAUCUAUCUAUCUAUCUAUCUAUCUAUCACAACCUGUUCAUAUCUCUCUCUUUUACAAUCCAGUCCCACUUUGUGGUGCACUAUUUUGUCUCUCUCUCUCUCUCUUUUUCUCACUUCUUUCAGCUGUACUCUCUAUUUCUCUCACACUCUCUCACUUUCUUUCUUUUGUACUCUCUAUUUCUCUCUCUCUCUCGCUCUCUUUCUCUCUCUCUCUCUCACACAAACACUUUCUUUCUACUGUACUCUCUAUUUCGUUCUCUUAAUCUCCGUCUCUCUCAUUUUCUUUCUGUUGUACUCUCUAUUUCUCUUUCUCACUCUCUCUCACUUUCUUUUUGUUGUACUCUCUAUUUUCUCUCUCUCUUUCUCUCACUUCUUUCAGCUGUACUCUCUAUUUCUCUCUUACUAUCUCACUUUAUUCAUGUUGUACUCUCUAUUUAUCUCUCUCACUCUCUCGCUCUCACUUUCUUCCUGCUGUACUCUCUAUUUCUCUUUCUCACUCUCUCUCUCUCUCACUUUCUUUCUGCUGUACUCUCUAUUUCUCUUUCUCACUCUCUCUCUCUCACUUUCUUCCUGCUGUACUCUCUAUUUCUCUUUCUCACUCUCUCUCUCUCACUUUCUUUCUGCUGUACUCUCUAUUUCUCUUUCUCACUCUCUCUCUCUCACUUUCUUCCUGCUGUACUCUCUAUUUCUCUUUCUCACUCUCUCUCUCUCACUUUCUUCCUGCUGUACUCUCUAUUUCUCUUUCUCACUCUCUCUCUCUCUCCUUUCUUUUCUGCUGUACUCUCUAUUUCUCUUUCUCACUCUCUCUCUCUCACUUUCUUUCUGUUGUACUCUCUAUUUCUCUUUCUCACUCUCUCUCUCUCACUUUCUUCCUGCUGUAGUCUCUUUUCUCUUUCUCCUCUCUCUCUCUCCUUUCUUUCUGCUGUACUCUCUAUUUCUCUUUCUCUAUCUCUUUCUUUCUGUUGUACUCUCUAUUUCUCUUUCUCUCUCUCUCUUUCUUUCUUCCUGCUGUACUCUCUAUUUCUCUUUCUCACUCUCUCUCUCUCACUUUCUUUCUGCUGUACUCUCUAUUUCUCUUUCUCACUUUUCUCACUUUCUUUCUGUUGUACUCCCUAUUUCUCUCUCUCACUCUCUCUGACUUUCUUUCUGUUGUACUCUCUAUUUCUCUCUGUCUCACUCUCUCUCUCACUUUCUUCCUGUUGUACUCUCUAUUUCUCUCUGUCUCUCUCUCUCACUUUCUUUCUGUUGUACUCUCUAUUUCUCUCUCUCACUGUCUCUCACUUUCUUCCUGAUGUACUCUCUAUUUCGCUCUCUUACUUUCUCUCUCUCACUUUCUUUCUGUUAUACUCUCUAUCUCUCUAUGUCUCUCUCUCUUUCUGUUUCAUUAUCAGUAUCUGUGAUACCAAGCGUGACACACACCAUAUAUACGUAGAGGCGAUAUAA